CUUGGUUAGACGGAAUUUUACAGAUAUAUAUAUAUAUAUUUGUGUUAGAGCGCAGCAUAAAUCUUAAAUCACUUAAAAAAGAUAUAAACUGACGUUAAUUUUUCUAUUUUCAUUUGAGCUUGGUAUUAUACUGGGCUGCAUUGAUAAUUAUUAUGUACUACUAUAUGUUUUCGGAUACGUUAACAUUGCUGGUGUGUUUUGGAGUCAUAAUCUCAGCUGACAUUACUGUGAAAUUUCAUUUCAACUAUGGGUCAGAUAAUCUCAAACAAAGAGUAGUCACGGCAUCAAACGAGGAAGAAUUAAGAAAACAAUUGGAGCAACUCUUCGAAUGGUAUUUGCUGGAAAAUCCUCAUGACGCUGUGACCAUCUCAACCCAGGUUUAUCAAGACGAGGAAACACAUUCAACUCAGCAAAGUAGUUACGAAGUUACAUCCUCCACAACUGAAAGCUCCACUAUUAAAAAAAGAAUGAAAUAUCAAUACAUCGGAAAAGCAGCGACCUAUGAAACUUCAAAACAACAUUGCUCAGAGCAAGGAAGAAGAUUAUGUUAUUCUUCAGAGGUCUGUCCGAAGAACGUACCAGUUUCUGGUGUUAUCAACGGAGAUAUGUGGAUGGCAGUUCAAGAUAGAACAAACGAAUGGAUAGAGAUUGGAGAUUCCGGUGGUCGGACUUGCUGGAUUCACGGAGAUCGUUAUGAUGCUCCACCGUGGGGAAUUCGAACCGACGGAUCUUUUGUUGAGCAUGUUGGAUAUGUUUUAUGUUGCCUGAAUUCUGAAUAAAUAUCUGUAACUUUUUGUUUAUAUUAUACAAUGUGAAUUGCUAUUUCUAAACUUGGGAA